AUGGCUUCCGGUGAAAACAGAUUUCCUCCUCAGAAGCAAUACACACAGCCCGGGAAAGAAUAUCUCAUGAAUCCACUACCCAAAUACAGCGAUCCAGAUUACAAACCAUCAAAUAAACUUCGAGGUAAGGUAGCUGUAGUAACUGGAGGUGACUCUGGAAUUGGACGAGCAGUGUGCAACUUGUUUUCAUUGGAGGGUGCUACUGUUAUCUUCACCUACGUGAAGGGCCAGGAGGACAUAGACGCAAGGGACACGCUUGAGAUCAUAAGAAAGGGUAAGACUGCAGAAGCCAAAGAUCCAAUGGCUAUACCAGUUGACUUGGCUCGUGAAGAGAAUUGCAAGAGAGUGGUGGAGGAGGUGGCUAAGGCUUAUGGCUCCAUUGAUAUUUUGGUGAACAAUGCAGCAGUGCAGUACGAGAGUAAUUCAAUGGAUGAGAUUGACGAAGCAAGACUCGAGAUGGUGUUCCGAACUAAUAUCUUCUCCUACUUCUUCAUGACUAAGUAUGCUCUGAAGCACAUGAAGGGAGGAAGUAGCAUUAUCAACACGACAUCAGUGGUUGCAUAUCAGGGAUUGGCAAACCUACUGGACUACUCAUCAACAAAGGGAGCCAUUGUAGGGUUUACAAGAUCUCUGGCGCUUCAUCUUGUGAGCAAAGGAAUAAGAGUGAAUGGUGUUGCGCCUGGACCUAUUUGGACUCCAUUAGAAGUAGCGAGUUUGACAGUGGAAGAAAUUGUUAUAUUUGGUUCAGACGUUACUCCAAUGAAAAGAGCAGGCCAACCCAUUGAAGUUGCUCCCUGUUACGUCUUUCUUGCUUCCAACCAAUCCUCCUCUUACAUGACUGGCCAAGUUCUUCACCCAAAUGGUGGGAUCAUUGUGAAUGCCUGA